AUGAGGAACCGCUGCCUAUUUCUGGUAUCUUCUUUCCUCAUUGUUACUUUUUUCCUGUUAAUUCCUCAAGGUAUUUGUGGCCAAAUCAUUGGUGGCAAAGAAGUCACUCCUCACUCAAGACCCUACAUGGUUCUAAUUAAAUUAAGCAAUAAAGGAAUUUGUGGUGGAGCUUUGAUCCAUGAGAACUGGGUGUUGACUGCUGCUCAUUGUACUAUAAACAAAAGAACCCAGGUCAUCCUUGGAGCUCAUGCACAGAACAAAAGUGAACCAGAAAGACAGAUAAGAUACAUUGAGAAAUGGAUCCCCUAUUCAUGCUAUGAUUCUAUCACACAUGAAGGUGAUCUUCAACUUCUACAGCUGAACAAAAGUGCAACACUUAAUAAAAAUGUGAAUCUCCUUCCUCUGCCAAAAAGAGGGAAAGAUGUGAAGCCAAACACAAUGUGUCGAGUUGCAGGAUGGGGAAGUACUCAUGAAAAGUCCUCUAUGUCCUCCAACACUCUAAGAGAAGUCAAUAUCACAGUCAUAGACAGAAAAAUUUGCAAUAAUCCAAAGCAUUAUAACUACAAUCCUCUAAUUGGGCUAAACAUGAUCUGUGCUGGAAACCUCAAUGGAAGAAGAGAUUCAUGCAAAGGUGAUUCUGGAAGCCCUCUGAUAUGUGAUGAUAUUUUCAGAGGCAUCACUGCCUUUGGCUUGGAAGGGAAAUGCGGAAACCCUAAGGGACCAGGCAUCUAUACUCUACUCUCACAGAAGUACAUCAAUUGGAUCAAUAAAAACAUGAGAACAGUGUAG